UUUCCAGUUCCCGGAGCCAGGCGCAUGCGCAGUUUGUGAAAGUAUGCGGACCGCGGAGUGUAGGGAACAAUAAUAAAGGAAGAUCGCAGGACAGACAGAAACAUGUCGAAAGGCCCCGCUGCUGCGAGCUCUUCGUCCGGAGCCGCCGCUGCCACACCUACCCCCAUCGCCACAGGCUCCGUGUCUCCUGCCAGCGCGCUGCACGCACAGCCAGAGAAACCGCAGCACUACACGUACCUGAAGGAGUUUCGCACUGAGCAGUGUCCUCUCUUUGUGCAGCACAAGUGUUCCCAGCAUCGGCCCUUCACCUGUUUCUACUGGCACUUUGUAAACCAGCGGCGUCGCAGGCCUAUCCGCCGCCGGGACAGCACCUUCAACUACAGCCCGGACAUCUACUGCCCUCAGUACGAGGAGGGCUCAGGCACCUGCCCUGACGGUGACGACUGCCCAUUCCUGCACCGCACCGCAGGCGACACCGAGAGGCGCUACCACCUUCGCUACUACAAGACAGGCACCUGCAUCCACGAGACAGACGGUAAGGGCAACUGCAGCAAGAACGGGCCGCACUGCACCUUUGCACACGGACCACAGGACCUGCGCGCACCCGUCUACGACAUCAGGGAGCUCCAGGCGAUGGAGGCAAUGCAGAACGGACAGGCCGCUGCUGAGGGCAGUGCUGAGGGGCAGCCAGCCAUUGCGGCCAGCUAUGCCCUGAUUGAGAAGAUCCUUUGUGAAGAGCCCCGGUGGCAAGAGACCAGCUAUGUGCUGUCCAGUUACAAGACGGAGCAGUGCAAGAAGCCCCCCCGACUGUGUCGCCAGGGUUACGCCUGUCCCUACUACCACAACAGCAAGGACCGUCGCAGGGUCCCCCGCAAGCACAAAUACAGGUCGCUGCCCUGCCCCGGGGUGAAGCAUGCUGACGAGUGGGGUGACCCCAGCAAGUGUGAGAGCGGAGACGGCUGCCAGUACUGCCACACACGCACAGAGCAGCAGUUCCACCCAGAGAUUUACAAAUCCACAAAAUGUAACGACAUGCAGCAAGCUGGCAGCUGCCCACGCGGACCCUUCUGUGCCUUCGCUCACAUGGACCAGCCCUUAUGCAGUGAUGAGGCCCAGUCCACCUGCUCGUCCUCCAGCCCAACGCUUGCAGGCCUGCCCCUCUUCGCCCCUGCAGACUCGCUGCCUGUCAGCCCCACCAGCCCGCACACCUCUGAGCUGCACAGCAUUCUGUCCAGCAGCUGCAGUUCUGUCAACCCCUCCAGUAUGUGUGUCUCACCACAGGGGAUGCUGGGAAGGAUGCUGUGCCAGGAGGCCCCGUUCUUCACAACUGCGGGAGGCGGCUAUGGGAAAGCACCAGGGUUUGAGCGUGAAGACCAGGCAAAACAGAAAGCACAUCCCCUGGAGCAUAGGAGUGGAGACACAGCCCUCUUCCACUGUAGUACUGGACCCACACUGGUACUGUCACGGCACAGUACAACUCAAUCUACCCAUCAAAGAAACGAUGGGCUGGGUCUGCUCCCUGUGGGGAGCCCCCCAGUGUCCAGCAUCUCCUCCAGCAUGACAUCCAGCCUGGCCACAACCCCCCCCAGCCCUGCAGCCAGCAGCACCACCCGUGGCAUGAACGCCAACGCACUGCCCUUCUACCCCACCAGCGACACCGUCGAGUCCGUUGUGGAGUCGGCCCUGGAUGAUCUGGACCUCAAUGAUUUUGGCAUGGCAGUGCUAGAGAAGAGUUUCGACAGCACAACUGCGGCCCACAGCAGCAGCAUCAUGAUCAGGGGGAGUUUGCUGCAGAGCUCGGCUCCCGUUAACAUCCCUGGCUCUCUGGGUAGCUCUGCCUCCUUUCACUCUGCCUCACCGUCUCCACCAAUCAACCGUUCUCAUUUCAUGCCCUCCAGCCUCCAACAGCACCAGCGCCACCUGAGCCAAUCAGACAGCACCUUUCCACAGGGCUCACUAGGUCUGAACGGGAUGAACAGCAGUAUCUGGGAGCACUUCCCCCCUGGGAACCUCUCCCCCAACUCCUCCCCCACCUUCCUGACAGACGCCAGCUCCGGGGAGCUAACACGACUGCGGCACGAGCUGGAUGAGGCCAGCGGAGCGCUGAAACAGUGGGAGGGGUCCUGGAGGCAGGCCAGACAGGCGUGUGACAUGUGGAAGAGGGACGUGGAGGAGGCAAAUGAGGAUGCAGCCAGCGCAGGCCGGGAGGUUGCUGCGGCGGUCAAGCAGAGGGAGGUGCUGGAGCAGCGAGCGCAACAGCUUCACGAGGAGCUGCAGCGGCUGCAGGCCGGAAAGGAGCCACAGAUCCUUCACUGCUACGAGCAGCUGCAGCUGCUGCCCCUGCCCACGCUGUAUAACCUGCAGACACAACUGCGCUCCGGCCUGGAGAGAGUCGAGCAGGCUGUCUUCCAGCUGCAGAAGGUGAAGUGUCUGCGCUGUCAGGAGGGGAGCCGUGUGAUAUUGCCGUGCCAACACGCUGUGCUGUGUGAGGCCUGCUCCUGCACAGAGGAGUGUCCUGUCUGCCAACCUCCCGGGACACUGAGCCUGCAGUCCUGACCACACUGGCCUUUCUGCAGUAGAUUGAGGAGGGAGACCACUCAUAUCUAAUACUGUUAGAGGUGGAAGAGCCCAUCUGUGUACAAGCUCUAGCUGUUUAGAGGUACCGGCAAGUGGCCACAAGAGCUCCCACUGUGGGCUGAUUUCUGCCAAACUUCAUAUAGAGCAACCACAGUUACACAUCUCUGUAAGACAGAAGGGUCUCAUUUAAGUUCUGUAUAAAGGGCUGAGAGAUUCUUAGAAACAUUAUUUAUUAUCCAGCUCUGUCUUUUACAGGCUGCUUUUGCAGUUUAUCUUACAUAACCGCAGUCUGCUUUUGCAGGUGAUUUGGCAGUAAUCCUUUCUAACAACUGUGGCCUGUUCAAAGUCUAACAUGUAGAAACAUUUAGAUGUUGCCAACUUAGAACCUAUCCUCCAAAGAAUUAUCUAGAACCAGUUUAAUAAGGCGUUGCCAAACCAGUUUAAAACACACACCAGAGAUGACACGCUUUUAUGUUGCUCUGAUUGAGUUGGGGUCCGCUAAUGUAUAAAAUCCUAUAACGCAGCCCUCAAAGGUGGAACUGUGCUGCUGUUCAGCUGUUAAGAAGGAGAACUUUUUUUCUCCUUGUCAUUCCAGGGGGAUUAAUGUUGUGCUUUCCUUGGCCUGUUGGCUCCCAGAGCAGGCAGUGCUGUGGGUGUGUGCCUGUGCAAAGAUCACACACAGAAAGGCGACCUGGCCUACCAGCUGUGCAACAGCAAGAGCACCUGACCAGGAUGCAGUCCACAGCGUUUCAUUGACCAACACAGAGCUGUGACCACAGAACCAGACCAGUUUGAGCCAGUCUUCCAGUCAUAAAAAGGUCCCUACAAAGUGCAUCUUCAUGGUGUACAGGGAUUCAUUUGAGUUUUCUCUUAAAAAGAAGCCGCUUCUUUCUUUGUGAUGUCUUUUCGUUGCAUACAUCAUGUAAUGUAAUAAUGCAACCCUGCCCCCCACAGGGCCAUAUGCAUUCCAAACCUGUAUUUCAUUGCAGCACUAUUUGUGUUUUUCUUUAUAAUAUGUCCUGUAAUGGUAGCUGUUUGAGGCACGAGGAUGACUAAAACAGUAUCCCGUAGCUGGCACUCAGAGCAUCAUGUGUAACUAUUGGCAGGUAACAAACACAUGACUUGAUAUCUUGGACUAAGGUUUAUGUUGUCGGCUACAGAAAGCGGUUAUCAUCGCAGUGCGAGAUCUAUAGUUUGUAAGUGAAAUAUCUUGUGCUUCGAUAGAUAAUCCUAAUCAUUUUAUGAUGCCGUGUUUUGAUUUCUCUGUGUCUGACCUUUCCCCAUGGAAAUUCAAUUCUCUUCACAUUCAAGAAAUUCAGAUUCUGUUUUUCUUUUUAAGUGUGAGUGUACUUCUGCUUGCGAAGCAUUUGUAUUGGAGAUGUCUGAAGGGAAUUUAUAUGAAUAGAACUCGUUCCAGAAUGAUGUUUUUGGAUUUUGUAGAGGAAAAUAAAUCUAUUUUUUGCUAACA